AUGAAACUGAAGAAGAAAACUCGGGCUAAGCCAAAGUCAAGACUCAGUUUCGGGGGAGCCGACGAGGCCGAGGAAGGGGAGGUCUUCCAGAUCAAGAAGUCAAACUUGAGCAGUAGGAUAUCACUAGGAAAGGCUCCCGGCUCCCCUGGCGUACCCUCGGUCGAGAGUUCCCCUAGAAGCAGUGGACCUGUCUACGACCAAGCAUAUCUUUCACAAUUGAAGGCGAGCACGCCGACGUCCCGACCACGACUUGCCGGUGAUGAGUCAGUUGACAUGUCAAUGAGCGUCGAUGGGGACAACUCGAUUGCUCUCGCUGCAAGUGACGUAUUCGCGGAUACCGACACUGCUAUUCCUUCUGCAUCCUCUAUACAGGCAGCUAAAGAGAAACGCGAACGUCUUCGAACGACGGCCCCUGCUGCAGAGGAUUUCAUCUCGCUCUCGCUAACGAAGCGCGAGGAUAAUUACCAAGGUCCGCAUCCCGAGAGCCGACUCGUGCGGGAAGAAGACGAGCUAGGUGAAGCAGAAGAAGAAUUUGCUGAAUAUACUAGUGCACAAGAACGCAUUGCACUAGGUAAAAAAAGCAAAAAAGUUGAAGCGGCUAAGAAGAGAGAAGAAAUGCAAGAGCUGAUUGCGGAGGCCGAAGAAGUUGACGAAGAGACAAUAGAAUGGGAGCAGGAGCAACUACGUCGGGGCGGUCAUCGGCCCGAAGAGAUAUUCCAGCCUGCCAAGGAAGUUUAUAAGCCUGCGCCGAUACCGAUGGAGACGCCGAUACCAACUUUGGCAUCAGCGAUAGGACGUCUCACCCAAUCUUUGACCGCUUUAACCACGUCACAUGCUCAAAAUACUUCAACCGUGGAAUCCCUAGCAGAGGAGCGGAUUCAGUUGGAAGCUCGGGAAAGGGAGAUGCGUGAGAUGAUUGCUGAAGCCGAAGCCAAGCGAAGCUGGUUCGCAGCAUUUAGGGAUUGGGUGGAAAGCGUUGCCACUUUCUUGGAUGAAAAGUAUCCCGAGUUAGAGAAAUUGGAGGAUGAACAUGUCUCCCUCUUGAGGGAGCGGCACGAUAUGAUUUCGAAACGACGGCGCGACGACGAUGCUGAUGAUCUCUCACUCUUCCUUGGUACACUGCCGGUCUCCUCCGCGGCUGACGUGGAUGAGCUAGGUCGAGCCGUCGAACCCUUGAACGCUGCCUCGAGGAAGGACAGGCGUGCUGCCAGAAUCUCACGACGAUCGAAUCGGCAGCGGAGGAGCGCCCCCUCAAGUGAUGAAGAGGAGGGCUAUUCCACAGAUUCAUCCUUAGCACCGUCCGAUGCUGCAGAUUACCAAACGGCAAUGGGAGGUUUAUCACUAAAGGUGCGCGACGUCUUGGCAGAUGUCCAGGCGGAUGAUUUCAAAGAUCCUGGUCUGGGUCUUGGGAAAUGGUUUGGCGAGUGGCGACAGCGAUUCGGAGACACUUAUACCGGGGCCUGGGGCGGCUUGGGUAUGGUUGGGGCGUGGGAAUUCUGGGUGAGGCUCGAGUUGUUGGGUUGGGACCCUCUGGAGGAUCACAGAAGCCUCGACAGCUUCGACUGGUAUACAUCUCUUUACCAGUAUUCUCGCCCUCAGGAUGAGGACGAGGAGCCCGCACUAGGACCAGAUGGGGAUUUGGUCUCAGCGAUGAUAUCCACCGCUGUGAUCCCUCGACUGGUCAAAGUGGUUGUUGGAGGUGCCUUUGAUCCCUAUUCCGCGAAGCAUGUAGGACGGAUUAUAGACCUUGCUGAAGAGGUCGAGGCGUCGAUUGAGCCUGACAAUCUCAAAUUCCAGACCCUGUUGAAGUCUGUCUUCCAGUUGUUCUCUGGGGCUGUUACGGACAUGGAGGCGUUGGUCGCCCCCUAUUUGGCACAAAGUGUCCCGCGCUUCGAUCCUGAAGCCAUUCCAGCGCGCAGACGUAUUUUGGCAAGACAGAUGAAGUUGCUCAGGAAUAUACUGCGGUGGAGGAAAUACACUUCUGGUAAAUUUGGUAUUGGUGAGCUGGGAACUCGGCUGGUGCGAGAUUCCAUGCUGCCUAUUGCCGAAAGUGGGUGGGAAGUUGGUGGGGAAGAGGCUGUUCGGAAGAUCGCGGACAUCAUGCCGGACGAGUUGUUACCUGCAUCUGUCAAGACGCGUUUGGCCAUUUCGUAGGUCACGGACUAUUUUUUGGUAUGACACAGCACAGAACCUAUCAAACGCGAGAGACGAUUGCUAUGUAUUCUACGCCGUCCCACUCCGGGAGCCUGCACAUUAUGUGCCAUCGAUGGUGACGAGGCAGCCUUCGCGGCUCCUUCCUGCGACCUCGUCACCGCAGGUUGGCUCCCGGAAGAGCGAUAAUGAAGCUAACUGACCCGCACGCGACGUCCGCCGACGGUUCACUCCGCAGUGCGUGGC